ACCUCCCCCCUCCUCGAUACACACGUAUAAAAUCCGCAACCCUCCCAGGUUAAUUAAAGAAAAUUAAUUUCCGGAUUCCCUUUUUUCUUCCGCUUCACGAUUUCUCUCCGGUUUUCUCCUUCGUCUAAUCUCCUCUAGCGGGGCGGAGAAUCAGGGCGGAGUUCUGGGCGCGCGGCGGAGCCUUUCCUCGGAUUUUCUCUCUCUCCGUGCUUCUUCCCGGCCGCGGCCGCGGCCGCAGUCGGCAUCGCAAGUGCUUGGCAAAUAGCAAGACGCUAUGAAAUUCCGCAAAGGGGGCAAGGUGGAGGUACUGCAGAAGGCGGAGGCACCUUUCGGUUCCUGGCGGCCUGCCGAGAUCCUUUCUGGCAAUGGGCACACCUAUCUUGUAAGCUAUGAUCCAUGUCUGCUUGCCGGUAGCCUGGCCAUUGAAAGGGUUCCAAGAAAGGUGAUAAGGCCUUCUCCCCCGUCCCCAGAUGGUCCGGUAUGCUGGGUCCCAGGCGACAUCCUUGAAGUCUUCGACAACUAUUCAUGGAAGGUUGUGGAAGUCGUGAGAUUGCUUGGUCAUGAGUACUAUCUUGUCAGGCUCCUCGGAUCCUCCCUAGAAUUGAGGGUAGAUGCAUCCAAUCUUAGGACAAGGCAGCUUUGGCAAGAUGGCAAAUGGGUUGCUCUUCCAAAGGAUUCUGCAAGAUGUGCUGCUGGUUCACACAGGAGCCGGACAAAAGGUGGAAAUUCAGGGGGCAGUCAUCUUCUAUUAAAGAACAAGAAUGUGUUUGAAGACAAUAUGUCUCGAGGCAUGAAGAGGAAAACCUCUGCUGCAUCAGCUUUCCCUAUGCAGCGCAGUGAAGUUACUAAGAGAUUUCAGACUUCUCGCAGAGAUGGAAGACGCCAACAUCUUGGUCCUGGAGAUUCUCUUCAUUUGAUGGAUAAGGUAGAUGCUGUUGAUUCCCCAUGCUUAAUGCUGGGUGAAAAAUGCAUGCAUGAUUCCUUAAUUAACAGAGCAAAUGGCUUUCCUAAAACAAACCUUGCAGUGGUUAAUGCUAAUGUUGAUUAUCAGUAUCCCUCUGUAACAACUCAAGAUAGUGAUACUGAUAGUGCCGCAUCCUCUGUUGGUAGUUGCAAUCCCUACGGUAGCCCCUAUGGACAAGCACAUCCUCAAGAGUACGACAGUGGAGAUAUUUGUAGUAGGACUGAUGAUGAUGAAGCUUCUGUAUCUGGAACUGAAUCACCUCUUCCAAUUAAAGGUGGUCUGGGGGAAGAAACCCAUCUGCUUGAGUUGCAUGCUUAUCGUGCAACAAUGAUGGCACUAUAUGCUUAUGGAUCAAUUAGCUGGGAGCAAGAGGCUUUGAUGACUAAUCUGAGGCUUACACUGAACAUCUCUACUGAUGAACAUUUAUCAGAGUUAAGGAAUUUGGCUAACUCUGCAGUUUGUUCUAGAUAGCCAUUAAAAGUUAUGAAUGAAGAGGCUUAGAAUUUGUUUGUUAUGUUGUCAUAUCGCUUACUUUAGAAUAGUGGAUUUAUGGUUAGUGUGGACUCUGAAGAUACCAGUCACUUGUUGGUGUACUUGACGCCCUGUAUUAACCAUGUAGAAAGGGGAAAUUUUUGUAUGAUAGAUUUAUUAAACUUUUCAGUA